AUGUAUUCCCGCGAUGGUUACACUUGGACGCCUACGUCUGGCCUGACAGCUGGGGUUCCCUCCAUUGGCGUUAUAACACCCUCCACGAACAAUUCCAACACUGACGAACUUUACGAUGUCAUUGUCGUCGGUGCUGGCUACUGCGGCCUCACAGCCGCGCGCAACGCUGCAGUCGAAGAAUUGAAUGUGCUGCUACUCGAAGGUCGGGAUCGCAUUGGCGGCCGAUCAUGGUCAUCGAACAUCGAAGGUUAUUCAUCCGAAAUGGGAGGCACAUGGGUGCAUUGGGGCCAGUCGAACACUUGGAGGGAGAUCGUAAGGUAUCGGAUGAUGAAUGACGUGGAGAAGUCGUUCGACUUCUCACAUAGUGUUGAUCACUACGAAUUGAACGUAGAAUUCGAGGAAGCGCUCCUGACCAAGCGUCUCGCGUACGCUUUCAGAAGCCCAGUCGAGCACAUCAAGGACACAGGCCUCAAAGUCGAAGUCACUACACGCGAUGGACGCCAGUACCACGCAGCGCGGUUAAUCUCAGCUUUGCCUUUGAACGUCUUAGGCGACGUGACUUUCGAUCCCACCCUUAGUACUGGAAAAAGAAAGGCUACUGCGAUAGGUCAUGUCAAUCAGACCGUCAAGGUCCAUGCAGAGGUUUCGAACAAAGAUCUCCGCUCCUGGGCAGGCGUUACCUAUCCGCACAACCCGCUCAUGUAUGCCAUUGGGGAUGGCACAACACCCGCAGGCAACACACAUAUCGUCUGCUUUGGCGGCAGCAACAAACACAUCAACCCUGAGGGCGACAUCGACGCAACUAAGCGUGCAGUCACAAACAUGUUUGUGCAACAAAAAGACGAGCCUAAGAUUGAGAGACUAGUAUUCCACAACUGGUCGAAAGAUGAGUUCGCAAAGGGCGCGUGGUUCUUUUCAUCACCUGGGUUCCUUGCAAAACACCUGGAUCAUAUGCGUCAGAGGCAUGGGAAUGUGCUGUUUGCUAACUCGGAUUGGGCACUUGGCUGGAGGAGCUUUAUCGACGGUGCGAUUGAGGAAGGCACAAGGGUUGCUUUCGAAGUGCGGAGAGAGUUGACAGAGCUCCGCGAGGCGAAGACUACCUAG